UAGCUCGAUCCUCCACUUUGUGCCAUCGUCUCAUCUCCUCCUGCUCGCUACUAAUUAAGCUUCUUCCAAGAUGAAGUCCUCGGUUGUGUUCUUCUGCGUGAUCGCGGCCCUGCUCCUCCUCCGCGCCCCGACAUCGGUGGAAGCGGCGACGUGCAACCCAACGGAGCUGACGCCCUGCGCGGCGGCCAUCCUCAAGUCUUCGCCGCCCAGUAGCCUGUGCUGCUCCAAGCUCAAGUCUCAGGCGCCUUGCUUCUGUCAGUACCAGAAGAACCCCAGCUUGAGCAGAUACAUCAGCGGGGGACGGAAGGUGGCCGCUGCUUGUGGAGUACCAGUUCCAAGCUGCUGACUCCGUUCCUACCCUCCAAGGAUCUUAUAUAUGCCUACUAUAUCCAUGCAUCGUGGUCAUGAAUAAGAAACACCGCCAGCAGUCGGUGUCCGCGUGACACUCACACCGUGAACGUCGAUGUCUGCUAUUUGUUUUGUGUCGUUACUUCAGUAUACGCUCCUUCCGCUUUUACUCUU